AUGUUAUUAGCAAUUCUAUUGGUUCUAUUUGUUCAAACUAAACAUUCAUAUGAAUACGAUACUGUUGUAUUUACACGCGGUGAAAAUGGUUAUUUUUGUAUAAAAAUUCCUUCUAUCUUAACAACAGCUCGAGGAACUCUAUUGGCUUUUGGUGAAGCACGAAUGUAUAGUUGUAGUGAUUACACACAAACAGAUAUUGUCUAUAAACGAAGUUUCGAUAACGGGAAAACUUGGUCAAAUUUAGAAAUAUUGUAUCGUGGAAAUGCUUCAAAUGAUAAUUAUAAUCGCGUAGGAAACAUUGCACCAGUACAGUUAAGAUACAAUCAACGAAUAUUAAUUCCAUUUUGUAGAAAUAAUCUUAUUGUAAUGCAAACCUAUUCGGACGAUGAUGGCUUAACAUUUUCUUCACCACAAAUUAUUCGCAAUGUUACACGUUCGAACUGGAAAUGGGUUGGUUUAGGUCCACCUGCUGGUCUUCUAUUACAAUCCAAUCGCAUAUUAAUUCCUUCGUAUUAUUCAAUACAUUCGAAUGAUAAUGGUUUACUUUCAACUGGUUAUGUUAUGUUGAAUGAUUUUAACGGUCAAGUAGACAAAUGGUAUUUAGGUGGUGAAUUUCAUUUUGAAACCUAUUUUCCUAAUGAAUGCCAAGCUGUUGAAUUAUUACCAAAUGUAGAUUCAAUAUUUAUAAAUUCGCGCUCAUUAGGUACAAAACGAAUUGGUUCAUACAGUGACAAUGGUGGAAUAACGUUUAAGACGCCUAAAUUGCUACACACACUUGUACAACCAAUAACUGGAUGUCAAGGUUCAACAAUCUACAAUAAAAAUACUCAGCAAGUGUUCUACGCAGGUCUAGCUGAAACAUCAUUAAUUCGAAGUAAUCUUUCAUUCUAUAUAAGUGAUGAUCAUGGUGAAAAUUGGGCAUUUGUAAAAACGAUCCAUCAAGGCUCAUCAUCAUAUUCAUCAUUGACAAUCAUGAAUGACGGGUCGGUUGGUUUAUUAUAUGAAUGGGCAAAUAAAACUGAUAUAGAAUUUCAACCUGAUUACAUAACAUUUACUAUAGUACAAAAUCAAACAAAAACGUAA